CCCUCCCAUUCGCCCAAGGUAUCCUCGACGUUCCACAUAUAGGCAUCAGAACAGCGAUGGUGGACGCAUCGCCUCUGUCUACAAGUACUCCGGGUGUCAGUCCUCACGGUCGCUCGACCAGCCGUGACUCAGCCCAUCCUUCUCCUGCGCAGAGCGAGACUAGCCCCGACCAUGGAGGCACGCCGCAAACUGCUGAGAGCAUCAGGAAAUUGAUCACGAGGAAGUCUCACAGAAAGUCCCGAUUGGGCUGUCUAAAUUGUAAAAGGCGAAGGAUAAAGUGCGACGAAAAGAAGCCUCAAUGCUCCAACUGCAUUACCCGAGACAUCAACUGCGACUACCUGCAAGGCUUGGGCAAAGAAACCCCGGCACAGUCGAAAUCGACUGAGAAUCUCGAUGUUCCCAAUCUGGAGUUAAUGUACUUUUGGACGACUGCAACAUGCCAUUCACUAUCCAAUUGGGAAUCCGGCGCCACCUUUUUCCAGGUCAACAUGACUGAGUUGAUGUUGCAGAGUAAUCACUCAUUACACCUGAUCUUCUGUGUAACGGCUCUCCACCUGGCAUAUUGCCGUCCGGCAAGGAAAUAUGAGUACAUCGAGCUCGCGGACCGUCAUUACGGUCUGGGUCUCCCACCGCUCACUGAGGCCCUCGCGAAUCUCAAUGCGGACAACUGUGACUCCGUGUACUUUUCAGUGCAAGCAGUCUGCUUUGUAGCAUUCGCAAGAGGACCACAGCCAGGUCAAUAUCUCGCGUUUGGAGAGAAUGGCCGAUCAGAGUGGCUCAUCAUGUUCCGCGGCAUACGAUCCACCAUCGAGAGUAUAUCACAGGAGAAUUUCCAAAAGACGCAUGCUAUAAACAUAUCAAGUACGAGGAAGCCAUUGCAACCUCACCAUGUCAAUAAACCGCCCGAAUGGGAACGAAGAUUGCAAGAUCUUCGAGAACAUGUCGAGUUCUUAUCCCAGAAUUCGCAGCACCUCGACUCCAUUCUUCGAGCUGUCGAUGUCCUGAUCAAUUGCUACGACAAUCGGUAUAACGGGAAAGACGGGGAGUACCAUGUCGUGUUUGCGUGGUUGUACAGGAUGGACGAGGCGUACCUUAAGCUCCUUCAACAGCAUGAUUCGGCGGCGUUGAUGAUCUAUGCGUACUUCGCCGUACUCAUGAGCGAUCUGGAGAAGUUCUGGUACAUGAAGGGCUGGACCCAUCAUGUCAUGUCGGGCAUAUACAAUGCCAUGGUGGAAGGGCAGAAGACGUGGGUAAGAUGGCCAAUGGCGCAGGUGGGCUGGAUCCCCCCUUAGUAUACACGCCUGGCGUUCGUACCUGAACCUCACCGCUUUACAAAUUCUUCUGGUGCUGUGUGAUUGAGAUGCAUUAAUUCAAUGUUUAAUAGUCUGAAAAGAAA